AUGGACAGCCCAACAGACGGCCGCGACGAGGAAGAACCCUCCUACAUCGACUACGAGACCUUUGUCGCCCCAGACUUCUCCUCCUCCGCCUUUGCAAACACCCUCGUCCUGUCCACAAAUAACGCGAACGACACCCCCCUCGACCUCUCCACUCCGUUAUCCCGCGUCCUCUUCGACAUCCAGGAGAUCGACUCCCACAUCGACCUACUAACCACCCGCUCUGCCUUGCCCCUGCUCAACCACACCAAAGACCAGACCGAGGCCAGUGGGCGGAUCGUGGGUGAGCUGGACGGCCAGAUCAAGAGCCUGAACGACAGCUACAAGCAGCUCGAGAAGGAGGUCAUCCAGAAACAUGCCGAGGCAGAUGAGGUCAGGCAGGUCGCGAGUCGUCUAUGGGAGACCCUGAGGCUGGGACGCGCCGUCGGCCGCUGUUUACAAUUGGGACGCCAGCUGGAGAUACAGCAUGCAGAGCUCGCAGCCGGGACCAAGAAGGAGGACCACAGGACCCUGGUGCGGUGCGCACACACUAUACUGUCGCUGCGGGAGGUCCUGGAGCACAAGGGCUCCGGCGACGAGGGACAGGGCUUGGACAGGGUCGACAGCAUCCGCUCCCUGCAGGAGAAUGUCACGCAGCCAAUCGAGACAUCAGUCAGGGAGACCAGCGAGAGGAUAAUACGCGAGUUCUCCAUGGGCACCGCCUCGGGCUCCUCCACAUUCGCCCAGUCCGAGGAGACCAAAGCUAGGACGAUAUCCGCACUAUCCACGCUCUAUCUCCUCUCCCCCACGACCCUGGAGAAGGGCCAGAAGUGGUCGCCCAUCUGGAUGCUGCGAGCCCUCGAGGCCUACCUGCGCACUCAGUUGCAGAGCAGCACCUCCACGUUGCGCGAUGCCUUAGCCGCCCUACCCAGACUGGAGCGCACCUUGGCCGAGGUCGCCGCACGGUGCCAGAACAUCGUCGCUCUCGAGAUGGUCCUAGAAGGCACCAAAGCGCCAGCCCAUCCACUGCUGCCGCCAGGCUCGGGCAACGACAAAGGUCACGGCAACCUCCUGCACCCCUUACUGGCCUACCUCGAGACCGGCUCGCUGCCUAGCUAUUUCUGGCGCACCAUGGCCGGUGGCUUGUCGUCACGCGUCCAGGAGAUUAUCAACAGGGGCGGCGUGUCUGCGCGGACGCUAAGAACAAAUAAGGAUAAUGUAGCGGCCGUCAUUCGGGAGUGUGUAAUUCGCGGCAGCCAGCCGCCCAGUGCGAUGGCCAAGACAAAGGGGGAGAGGGCGGCUGGGUGGGACCGCGAGGUUGCGGUCAUGGUGGGCAGUGUGACAGGGAACCUGGGACGAUGA